CGCACGGCGGGCUUUUUCUGUCUCCCCCUCCCCAUGGUCACGUCGACACGGGCAACGAAACCGUUUUAUUUAUUUCUACUCGCGCGUUUGAAAUAUAUAGGAACGGAUGACGUUGCGCGUGCAUCCGAGUGUGUGUGGGCGUGGAGAAAUAUGUCAACGUUUGGCGCGCGAGGAGGAGACGCCAGAAGCUGAGUCCGGUGUGUAAGCUCGGUUAGAGGACCAUGUCAGUGGUUGAGCUACAACUACGGCCGUUGUGUUCACUGCUGAACAAUGUGUGUAACAUCUGAGGAAUAAAGUUGUAAACGCUCGGUAUUAGCCGUUAACCGAGGAGCUGGAGGUGAGUUAAUUCAUCCCUGGUCCUUCCUGUACAUUAACGGCGGGCAGCGACGCCUCAACGUCAGGCCACUUGUGACCGCCAGACCUCCAUUUCAGAAACUCUCAGCAACCUCCAGCCAUGAUGUAGCAUUGACGAUGAUGAAGGGCGUCGCACGGAGGUAGAGCAGCGAUUGACUCUCUCCUCCUUUUCGACACAUCUUGCACUCUAUGUCCGUGCUGAUUGGGCGGCCACAGUGCGAUGUCCACCACCACACCCCCUGCGGCUCCACCCCCUAAGAAGGGAAGGAAGCCGGAGAAAUCGGAGGUGAUGACCGACGCGGUGCAGGUCACCAACGAGGAACUGAGGAGCAAACUCCUGGACAACCAGAUUGAGCUGCAGCAAGAGCGGGGCAAGGUGUGUAAGCUUCGGGAGCGCCUCCAGGAGCAGCGGCAGGCUCGGGAGCUCGAGCAGCACAAACAUGCUGUGGCACUCACUGACCUGCGUGCCAAACUCCACGAAGAGAAGCUCCGCGAGAUGGCAGCUGCCCGUGAGACCCUGGCACGGCAGCAUGAAGUGGAGCUGGCCCGGGCCGUCAAGAUUAAGGAUGCUGAGGCGCAGAGGCUCCAGGGGCUCGUGAACGCACUGAGAGAUGGAGCCGCCGACAAGCUCAAAAACGCUCUUCUCGGAGAGGCUCGGGAGGAGGCCAGGAGAGCUUUUGAUGGGGAGAGGAUAAAGCUACAGCAGGAGAUCCUGGAGCAAAAGACAGCCAGGAAACAGGCUGAAGAGGCGCAUGCAAAUACUCUGCAUGCCGAUAAAGCCAAAGCGGCGAAUCUCCGCACAGCAUACCAACAGCACCAGGAUGAAAUGCACCGGAUUAAACGUGAUUGUGAGAGAGACAUCCGCCGACUGAUGGACGAGUUGAAGGGGAAGGACCGGGUGAUGUGUGCCCUGGAGAAGGAGCUGGGGCUGCAGGCCGGCUUCGCCCAGAAGCUUCAGCUCCAGAAGGAAGCUCUGGAUGAGCAGCUGGGUCAGGUGCGAGAGGCUGAGAGAUACAACCACGGCAGCCCAAAGAGAGAGCUGGUGCCUGGGCUGGGGGACAACUCCGACCUGCUCAACAACCAGGAGGUGGAGGAGCGGGACAUGAGGAGGUUCCAGCUGAAGAUUGCGGAGCUCCACUCGGUCAUCAGGAAAUUGGAGGACAGAAAUGCAUUACUCGCCGACGAGAGAAAUGAACUUUUGAAGCGGGUUCGAGAGUCCGAGAGCCAGAUGAAGCCCAUGUUUGAGAAGAACAAGCGGCUGUCCAAGAAAAAUGACGACCUCCUGCAAACGCUGCAACGCAUGGAGGAGAAACUGAAGAACCUGAGCCGAAACAACGCCGAGAUGAAGGAAAAAGCCGCCUCCUCCCGGCCCCCCUCACAACAACAAUCCAUUCAGUCCCAGCUGAAGCGGCCGAGCUCCCUGACAGACUUGAGCCAUGCCCACGAGGAACAGGAAGUGGAGUUCCUAAAGCUGCAGGUUUCAGAGCAACGUGGCAUCAUUGAUGAGCUCACGCAGGAACGUGAUCGAUUGGUGAUGAGCAAAAAGACCAGGAGGAAACUUCCCAAAUUGUCUCAAAGGCAUGUUGUGGAGACAUAUUUUGGAUUUGAUGAGGAGUCGAUAGACUCCGAGACCUCCUCUCUGACCUCCUACAACACUGACCUCACUGACCGCACACCUGUAACUCCAGAGGAGGAUUUUGAAGAGUGUUUUUCCCGUGAAGAGUCUGAGCUUCGUUUCCGUCAGUUGACCAGAGAGUACCAGGCUCUCCAGCGGGCCUACGCCCUUCUCCAGGAGCAGACCGGGGGCUCUCUGGAUGCUGAGAGGGAGGCCAGGACGCGUGAGCAGGUGCAGAUUGACCUCAGCAGCUGCCAGGUCAAGAUCGUCGACCUGGAGAAGGCCCUGGCCGAGAGGGGGCAGGAUUCAAAGUGGGUGGAGGAGAAGCAGUACUUGCUCAGGACCAACCAGGAACUGCACGAGAAGAUGUUUGUUUCGCAGCAGGCGGAGUCGAGGUUUCAGGCUGAGGUUCAAGAUGCCCGGGAUCAGAAUGAGCUGCUGGAGUUCAGGGUGCUUGAACUGGAAGAGAGGGAACGUAGGUCUCCUGCCCUCAAUCUUCACAUGUCGGCGUUCCCUGAGAACAGCAGCAGUGCCCUGCAGAGCUACUGUCGCCAGGAGGGAGUCAAGGAUGUACUCAUUCCUGAGCUGAUGAAGAAGCUGGAUAUUCUGGGGGAUAACGGAAAUCUCAGAAAUGAGGAACAGGUCGCAGUGAUCCAAGCAGGGACAGUAAUCUCACUGUGUGAAAAGUGGUUGAAGCAGAUAGAGUGCACUGAGUCCGCAAUCACACAGAAGAUGAUCGACCUUGAAAAUGACACGGAGCUUUUCAGAAAGCAGAAAGGAUUCCUCGAGGAAGAGUUGGACUACAGGAAGCAGGCCUUGGAUCAGUCCUACAUGAGGAUCGAGGAGCUGGAGGCCACGCUGUAUAGCGCUCUGCAGCAGGAGCAGCCGGCAUGCCAGGCGGUGGCCGAGUCGCUGACAGACAGGCAGAGGGAGGAGCUGAGGCUCGCCGUGGAAAAGCUGCGGCGUCAGAUUCACCGGCAGAGCCGGCAGUUUGACAGUCAGAUCUUACAGGAGCGCAUGGAGCUCCUACAGCAGGCCCAGAAGAGAAUUAGAGAGCUGGAGGCCAGGCUUGACUUUCAAAAGAGACAAGUAAAGGACAUUGAGGAAAAGUUUCUGUUCCUCUUUUUGUUUUUCUCUUUAGCAUUUAUUCUUUGGCCUUAAUUAAAGUGACCGUGGACCCACUUCAGGUGUUGAGGUGCUUUGGAAGCAGGCAAAGACGAAACUUAGUUGUUUUUUAUGCAUUUGUAGACAGUUCACGAAAACCCCAUGGCCUUUUUCAUAAAUGUGCACUUUUGACCCUUACCUGGAAUGCAGACAUCUUUGAAACUGUAAUAAGAAACUAGAUAUACAUGAGAUUAAAGUGAUAUUUAUUUAUGAGUAACAUUUACUAUCGUGGUUCUUGGACCUGGAACAUAACAACUCCUCUGUGAGAAGCAAACGCAUGGAUUUACUGAGAGAACACUCUGAAUCAGAGGAUUUAUUAAAGAGACAAGAGCCACGGCCUCAGCUGAAAGAAGGCCCAGCUGGACAAUAGCAAAUGAAAGAUGGAGGGAGGAGAA